UUCUAAAUUAGAUUUUAUUUGAACCACAUCAAUUAACGAUUCAGUUUAUUUAGAAAUAUAAUUCGAUUUGAGUUUGGGGAAUUCCCUGCAGAGAAACUAAUUUUGUUUACAUUUUGUGAAUAUGGGACGAUAUCUUUAAACGUAGGCUAUGUUUUGUUAAAGGUUUAGAUCGUAGUUGUCGAAUUCUAUAAAAAACUGAAAACCAUUUAAGGAUUAAUGCGAAGUUAUUUGGUCAGAUGCUCUCCACAGCUCCUACAACAAACCGUGUAAGAACCAGAAGUGAAUCUGAGAUCUCUGAUAAAGUUACAAGUACUGGUUUGACCCAGAAUGAAUAUAAUUUUAAACGUGGUUCAAAUCCAGAGCAACCUAGUACAGGGUGCAGGGUUUACCUUCACAACGCUGAUGUGAUUGUAACCAACUGCUUCCCCUCCCCCCCUGCUUCACCCACAACGACAUCCGAGACCCCCGACGACUCCUGUGAUGUAAGAUCGAGAGAUAGUGGUCGUCCGAUGAGUUUAAGCUCCGUCACUUCAACUCUUUCCUCCCGAACAUCAAGAGGAAGCGAUUAUUUCAGCAGCGCAAGCACAGGUGAGAAUGGACAAGUCACCUCGUACCGACACGGGACGUUUGAGCUUCUCCCUGAUGUGCGAGAAGUUGUUCCAAGAAAAACAUCUCAGACAUUCCGGCUCCAUGACUCUGUACGAGAGGAGGAGGAAGGUAGUGAUGAUGAAGCACCGGAGCUGCCUCCAAAGACAUUAAAGAAAGAAAAUGGAGUGAGCAAGCAUUUAACUCUUCCUCGAAAUACGCGCUUCAAUCCUCCUACUACGAAACCCAACACUGUAUCAGUGAGAGACAUUAAUAAGAAACUGAGGGAAGUGGACCAUCUUUCCCCCGUUUCCACAAUGGCAAUGCUGGCUGACCCUCAUCUUACCUACGUGGACCGAAUCAUCUUAGAACUCAUUGAAACUGAGAGAAUGUUUGUCCGGGCACUUGAAGAUGUCUUGGCGGGUUACAUUCUUGCCAUAAAGAAUACACCUGAACUUCCCAUUUCUGCUGCUGAUGUUGAGGUUUUGUUUGGAAACAUUAAAGAUAUUUAUGUCUUCAACAGGGGCUUUUUGUCAUACAUUGAGAACUGUGAAAGGAAUCCUGUGAAGAUUGCUGCUUGUUUUGUAUCUGAGGAUGUUUCAUUCACCUCGUAUACUGAAUACUGCACUUCAUAUCCGGGGUCAGUAGCCAUGCUAACAAGAUGUAUGAAGAUUCCAACCCUGGCUGACUUCUUCAAGAAUCAACAGGAUUCUCUUCGUCAUAGUUUACCAUUAGGAUCCUAUUUAUUAAAGCCAGUACAACGAAUUCUUAAGUACCAUCUUAUAUUACAAGAGCUCGUCAAAUACUGUAAGAAGGAUCUGGAAGGUUAUGACAUCAUAGAGCGUGCGUUAAGCACAAUGACGUACAUCGCGCAUCAUAUAAAUGAAAUGAAGCGAAAACAUGAAGAUGCAGUUCAUGUACAGGAAAUCCAAAGUCUGCUCACAAAUUGGAGGGGAGAUGAUCUUACGACCUACGGAGAGUUAGCUAUGGAGGGCCAACUGAAAUUGCAAGGUGCAAAGAAUGAGAGGUUGACUUUUCUCUUUGACAAGAUGAUCCUCAUCACAAAGAGGAGAGAGGACGGUUUCCUUGUCUGCAAAGUUCAUAUCAUGUGUUCUGACUUAAUGUUGUUGGAAAGCAUUCAAAACAAUCCUCUAAGAUUCCUCAUUCUCCCAUUUGAUAACUACUCCCCCCAUAACCAUGGGCAGCAACGGAAGUUGCAAUACACCCUUACUGCUCGCUCGGCUGAUGAAAAGAAGUUGUGGACCCAUAAUAUAAAGCGACUUAUUAUAAAGAACCAUCACGCAGCAAUUCCAAUACAUGCACAAAGAUCUAUACUGAGUUUAUCACCAGGUGAAGAUGGGGUUCAAACAAAUGAAUGGCAACCCACUAAAAAUUCUCGCUUCAGUAACAUUUCUAUGGAUGAAAACAAAACAAAAGCAACAUUGUCAAGAUUCGGAAGUACUAUCUCAUCUUCUGGUCUCGGAAUAGGGGUUUUCCCUCCUAAAACAAGGAGAAGAUCAGACUCAUCUUCAAAGAAAUCGCUUCAUCUGAAAGCAUUAAAACGUCGCGAUGAAGUCACAAUGAGCGAUGAUUUCAGUUCCGAUUCAGUUCCCAACACCCCGUCAGGUUCUAACAAACCCCGCUUUUCGUUCCCGGUCCCACGUCUUGGUGGGUCCAAACAUGACUCACCCCCUGUGCCCCCAAAACCCAAACCUGCACUGACAAAAAAAGCUGAACCGACCCCAAAAUAUAAAGACUCAGUUAUAUAUAGGAGACACAAGCGUCGAACGAGUCAACCAAUUACAUUUGUUGAGAAGAGAUUAAGCAUCAAAAUAGAUGAAGCAGCAGAAGGGAAGACGGAGCUUGAUCCGGAUGACUUGGAUGAGUUCCUCAACUUCAGUGUGGAGAAUAGUAGAGAGAGUGUGAGUUGGGACAUCCAGAUUGUGGAGGCAGUUUUUGAGAGGUUUAAGAAUCAGGAACCUCCAGUAGCUGAUGUUGAUCCCCCUCCCCCUAUCUCAAGCACUGCUGUACCACUGAGUGUCCAUAAGACACAGAAUAAAGUCCUCACAUCAUCUGAGAGUUCAGAAAAUGAGGACUUCUCAUCUUCAUGGACAGAGAAGAUGAGAAGAAGAGCUACCACUCGCCCGAUGCGGUCUAAUUUGAAUCGAACCGAGACUCAACCAGCGAUGCAGGUGAUGCAUAAGAGCGAUACGGAGACAAGUUUUAAACAAGAGCAGCAGGAUGAGGAGAUAAAGAUGCGGAGGAUAAGUGAUGGUGCAUGUGAUAAUUUCAGCGUUGAUGCAAAUCAUUUGAUUCAUCGGAAAGCAUCGAAUGCUGAAGCGAGUGAAAUGUUGUUUAGUGAUGAUAAACCAAACCCAAGCGUGGAGGAGUCACAUGACUGCACGCAACAGCGGUCACAGGCAGGAGAUAGUUUAUACAGAAGCAAUAGUGCGAACCAAAACCGGAGAAAGUAUUUUGAACGCUUGAAGGAGAUUAGAGAUCGUAGGAUAUCAAAACGAAUACUUGGUGUUGACGGGCUUGCUAUCCCUCAGGGAAGAGUGAAAAAUAUGAUAACUCAACAUAGAGUUAGCAUAAACGAUCAAAGUUUAGGAGCUAGAUCUCCAAUAACUCCAUCACCAAGUAUUUCAUAUAAAAGCAGUUUGUCACCCACCUCUCCAAACACACCAGGAUUUUCUGUAAAAUCUCCACAGAAAAACAACAUUUCAGAAAAUCCAUUUUUCACUAAGUGGAGAGAAACCAACGAAACUGUACCGGAAAAGCAAAAAUCUCCACAAUCUCCACCACUAGUUACUUCAUUCCAUCCUCCUGAGCAAAAAGUUCGUUUCCGAAGAUCAACGAUUCGAAGUUUGGAUCUUGACUCCAUGCGAAACAGUCGGUUUUCCUCUCUCACCACAGCAAGCCUUCCACUCGACUUCACCACCAGCAGCAGCAGUGGAGAUGAUAUUUUUGAAGAGAAAUCUGAAGUGAAGCUGAUCAAAACAAUGCCUACUCUUCUGUGGAGGUCCUACUCUCAAGAUCAUGGAUCCUGUACAAGAAGAAGUCGGAAUUUGCUCCUUGAUGAUUCAGAAGCAUUUGGCGCUUCCAACUCAAAAACUGAUCCAUCUUAUGCAUCUAAUCGUAGGUUAUCUAGUCCACUGGAUUCCAAAGCGUUUUUGUCCCAAAAAGUUGGCCAUAUUCCUGAAAACAAGAACAUCAUGACUGACAAGCUUUCAGAGCAAGUUGAUCAUGUUUGGAAGGAUCUGGAAACAGAGCAUCCUGUUCAUACUGACACCAGCACACAGGACGAGAGCUCUAUUUUAUCUGGCAAAGAAUCUUCCAAGUCAGAAACCUCCCAACAAAGAAACAAAAAAGAAAACAAAGAAAAAAUUGUAAAACGUUCUAUUUCUGAAGAGAUAAACUCUAAACUAAAAGACACUGUCAUUGAUGAAACUGAAACUGACAAAGCAGCAAUGGAAAGCCCAGUCUUAAAUGACAUUUCAGCUAAAAAUAAGGAAUUUCAAGCUAAUACACUAUCUAUGGAUAAAGUGACAAGCAAAGAAGAUACUGCAAACACAAAAGUAACAACCCCCAUCCAUGUGGAUGCAAAAACAACAACCCCUAUCUUAAACGCGCCAAAAACUCGAGGUCGCCAUCGUGCGAGGGGAAAUCGGCAAUCAUCAGUGGAAUCAACAGCGCCAAACAUUGUAGCAAAACUUACUUCACAAUUUAAUCAUUUGGCAAGCCCAACAAAACAACAACAAAGAAGUAAAUCUGUCGGAGCAGGAAAACAUCUAAACAAAUUUAGGUAUACUGGUUUCAAACCAACCACAGAGCUAAAAAACAAGUUCGAACAAAACACUACAACACAGAAUUUGACCAAAUCUACCACGACCACAACAACCAUGACAUCUCAUCAACCUAUCCAUCAUUCCAGCCCUGCUAAAACAUCCCAUAAUCAUAUACCAGCCAAUAAAGAAAGAUAUUCCGAAGUCCCACCUUCCAAGCUUGAUUCUCAGACAGACUCAUGCGAUCUCCCUUGUACUGAAAAUAAAACUGUGAAGAUUGUCAGUGAGACCAAAACUAAAAUAUCUCCAGAAAAAAUUGACACUGAAACUGUAGCUGAAAAAGAAAUGACGGAUUCUUCAACAGUAACCAAUACGACCAUAUCACAUGCUGUUGCUACUUCAAUAACUUUGACAACUCCAACAACAACGAGCACAACAUCACGAACCACCCUUCGCUUAUCAAACACCUCGAAAAUUCGUUCCACACCAACCGAAUAUUACUCACAUCGUUAUACAUCCAAAUACUCACCCCAAAAACAAGCUUCAAAAAACACUCCAGAAGAAUCAGAUUCUGUUGAUUUUAUUUCUAUGUUUUGCCGAAAAAUAGAAACGACUGAGUAAAUGUUUCGUUUACCAAGUUUUUAAUUAUGUUCCAUUUACUGUAGAUACUUAACCUUACUUUUCUUAUUCUACCCUCAAGUUAAGCAGCUUUCACCUUUCAAAGGCAUUGCUACUUUUACUAUGUUCAACCGCAUAGACAAUUGUAACGAACGUUGUUCUUAAAUGAAAGAACAUAAUCUAGACUUAUUCACUGCAAUAUUAUGUGUUACUGUACACAAGUUAUGCUUGCAAGUUUAUUACUGCUAACUUAUUUGGUUUCAAUUUUUAGAAAGUUUCAUGCCUUAUUAUUUAUGUUUCUGCAAUGGUAAUGUUCUCUCUUAUCCUCCCAUAUUAGCAAUAAUUCCUCUACUUUCAUUUUAUCAUGGUUGGUUCACUCAAUUUCUUCUGAUGCCAUUCUGUGCAUAAUCAGUAUUAUGGUUAUUCACCACACUAGAAUGUCGUGCUUAUGGACAGUUACCUGUUUUUCCAUACUGUCUAACAGAAAUAAUAAACUUGCAAUCUGCAUGUUAUCAA